UUUUUUUUUUUUUUUUUUUUUUUUUCGUAGCUUAUAAACUCUUUUUUAGAUUUAAUCUCUUUUUUUUUUUUUUUCUUCUUUAUUAUUCCCCCCCAAAAAUAAUAUAUAUAUAUAAUACAACAUUAAAAAUGCUUGCACAAAUAAAAAGUUUAUUUAAACCAAAAAGAUCCGUUGCUAAAGAAUUAUCAGCGGAGGAGAAACAAAAGAAUAAGGAUGUGGCCACUCGUAUUGUUCAAGAAGAGAAGCAACGUAAGACGGUCUUACCUCAAUACCCUGGUUUAGAACGUUACGAUAUCACAGAAAAGAUUGGCGAAGGCGCGUUUUCAUAUGUGUUUAAAGCCAGAGAUACAAUGACGGAUAAGGAAGUAGCCAUCAAAGUAGUCCGAAAGAGAGAAUUGGAUGCAUCCGAGACUGGCAAAUCGCAUUUACAUCCAAACAUGAAGAAAAAGACAAAGGCUACAGAACGAGCCAAUAUUCUUAAGGAAGUACAAAUCAUGCGUAACAUGCAGCACAAGAACAUUGUCAAGCUUGUUCAGUUCUCCGAAUCAGAUGAUUAUUACUUUUUGGUGUUGGAAUUAUGUCAAGGUGGUGAACUCUUUCAUCGUAUUGUCGAAUUAACCUAUUUCAGUGAAGAUCUUGCCAGGCAUGUCAUUGUUCAAGUCGCUGAAGGUAUUCGUUAUCUUCAUGAAGAGUGUGGUGUUGUACACCGUGAUAUAAAGCCCGAGAAUAUUCUCUUUGAACCCAUUCCAUGGACAAAGCGUACAGGUGUAGACAAUCCCUUUGGCGAUGAAGACAAAGUGGAUGAAGGUGUGUUUAUAGAAGGCACAGGGGGUGGUGGUAUUGGUGUUGUCAAGCUUGCAGAUUUCGGACUUUCCAAAGUGAUUUGGGAUAAUUCUACACUCACACCUUGUGGUACCGUGGGUUAUACCGCACCAGAAAUCGUGCGCGAUCAAAAAUAUUCCAAAUCCGUUGAUAUGUGGGCCAUUGGUUGUGUCUUGUAUACCAUUCUCUGUGGUUUCCCUCCAUUUUACGAUGAAUCCAUUCGUGCUUUAACUCAUAAAGUAGCGCGUGGUGAUUACACUUUCUUGAGUCCCUGGUGGGAUCCUAUUACACCUGCUGCUAAAGACCUCAUUACCAAUCUUCUCAACGUCGACCCUGAAAAACGUUACACCAUCGAGGAAUUCUUUCAACAUCCUUGGGUUACCAAGUCACAAUUUCCUCCUCCUCGUCCUGUGGUUGAAACAGAACAACAACAUCAACCUGCUGAACUCAAAACAAAGUCCAAUGAUCCUCGUACAUUGGCUAUGAAUAAUGCUGCUGCUAAAGCCGCUGCUGCUCAACAAGAACAGAACAGACAGAGUCAAACGAACUAUGCUCCUACCACGCCUAAUGGUAAACCUGCCAAAAGAACAGAUGUCUUUUCUCCCGGUAUUACUUCCAUCAAGGAAAUUUUGGAUAUUACUUAUGCCGUACAACGUAUGGGAGAAGAAAAGAAGAACAAGCGUGCCAAUACACCUGGUGGUACAGCGAUGAAUCAACCUCAUCCUUUUGCUGGUGGUUAUGACUCCAUCUCGGAAGAAGAUGAUGAAGAAGAAGAGGAAGAGGAUUCAGAUACGAGUUCCAAUAACGAACAUCAUCCUCAUAUCAAUAAUGGAAUUCAAAGAGAGGUGAUGGCUAUGGCAGAACAAAUGGUUCAUGAUGGUAAAGGAAUUGCACCUGGUGCUUAUACGGUAACAGCUGAACAAUUGCAACAACAACAAAAGACCUUGGAAGCUCCUUUAGCUACACCCACUACAAGGAGAAGACGUAAUUUGUUUGAAUUGGAUAUGAACAAUGCAACCUUGUUAAAGAAUAGACGUGUCCACUUACAUGAUUAAAAAAAAAAAAACCCCUCCCUUUCCUCCCUUUUUUUAUAAUAUUCCCCCUCAAAGCACUUUUCUCAUCAUUGUAAAUGUCUCUCGCCCACACUUAUUCAUGUAUAACCC